GGAAGCUUCUUGGACAGCUCUGGACGGUUCCUGGACGGUUCUUGGACAAUUCUUAUUGGGCGAAUCUUGACCGGUUGUUCGUUGGAAUCGAACCAACUGGGACUAUGCCCAAACCAUUAACAACAAAUAAUGUUGGAGUUACAAACUUAAAAGACACGGUAGCUGCCGCAAAUAUGCUUCGAACAGGAAGCGAACAAAUUCAUGCGUCAUUCAAAACGAACCAGACUUACGGGGAAGAUAUCAAUAAUGCUUUACGUGUUCAUAACGUAGAUUCUGAAUGA